UAAAAAAAUUUUCCCUUGUUGUUGGUGGUGUUGGACCCUCUCCUUUCACCCAGGCUUUUCAGACAGCUUUGUUGGUAGAAAAAUGCAGGGACGAAUGAUUCAAAAUGAAUGAAUGAAUGAAUGGAGGAAGAUGAUGCUCUUCUGGGACAACCAUUGAAUUUCUUACAUCACUACAUGCUUUUUCUUUUGGAACCUUCCAUUCCAUUCCUUAUGGUUUGAAGCUGAUCAGGAUCUGUUUUACCUGUUCCGUUUGAGUUUCAGAACCAUGCAUAUAGGUCAGACAGAUACAACUUCUGUGAAAUGUCUGAUCAACAGCAUUUCUCGAUUCAUUCAUCUGGUUUCAUGUCAAACAAUGAAACCUAUGCCCUUUCAGAAGAUCUGUAAUAAUAUGGUUGGGGUGUUAAAGCGUUUGAAGCCGGUGCUUGAUGACGUUAUGGAUCACCAAAUUCCAUCAGAUGUAAAUCUAUGUAAAGAGUGUGAGGAAUUGGAUAAGCGAGUUAAUGAAGCUAGAGAUUUCAUUGAAAAAUGGAGUCCAAAGAUGAGCAGGAUUCACAGUAUUCUACAUGGUGGUACAUUGUUGAUCAAAUUACAGAGCACUUCACUAGAUAUCUGUCACAUGAUAGUUAGAUCCUUACAGUCACCUCCAUCUGUAUCAGUUUUGGCUAAUCUCCAGCACUAUAUCCAGGAACUUCAGUGUCUCAAGAAGGAACUGGCAAUGGUCUAUAUAGAAGAAGCACUGAGAAAUCAAAGAGACAAUAUUGAACCAAGCAAGGAGCAUCUGAAGGAAAUUAUUGAGUUACUUAAAUUGACACCAAAUCAGGAGCUCUUAAAAGAAAGCAUUGCUGUGGAAAAGGAAAGGGUGAACAUUGAAGCCAAUAAAAUGAUAGCGGACAUAGAAGAAAUUAAUGAAAUUGUGAAUCUUGUCCGUAGUUUGCGCGAUUAUAUGAUCAAAACUGAGUGCCCUUUAGUCAAGAGUGGUCUCUCAAUCCCUCCAUACUUCCUUUGUCCUUUAUCGUUGGAACUCAUGUUGGAUCCUGUUAUUGUGGCUUCAGGUCAAACAUAUGAGAGGCAAUCCAUCCAAAAGUGGCUUGAUCAUGGGCUGACAGUUUGUCCCAAAACUCGUCAGAGACUUACUCAUACAAAUCUCAUUCCCAAUUACACUGUCAAAGCUAUGAUAGCAACUUGGUGUGAGGAAAAUAAUGUUAAACUUUCUGGUAUUUCUGACCACAAAAAAUCUGCCUGUGUCACGUCCCCCAUGGAUAAUUUAUUGCCUCAAGAUGAUUGCCGUGUUGGGUCUCUCUCUAGUAGCAAUUCCAUUUCAAGAUCAUCUCUUCAAACUGAAAAUGCAUUUGAAAAGCAAAAGGUUGAUAACUCUUUCAGAUUAUGUGGAGAAUACAAUGGAUGCCAGAGUGGAGCAGCCGAAAGGUGUGAGCAAGAGUCCCCAUAUACUCACAGCAGAAGUGAAUCAUUUUCAAGUUCCAUUUCUAGUACUGAUUGUGCAGUUUCAAAAGAGGUGUCAGGGAUAUCCAACAGGCAUCAAAAUGUGAAGGUGCUCUCCGGAGAAAUCAAAAACACGUGUCCUUCUCCUGGUAACAAACAAUCAGGGAUAUCUCCUUGGAUAUCUGGAAAAACAUUUCAAAAUCCUGGAUCAAAUGUGGGAUUGUUGGAGAAUGGAAAUCAUAAUGAUAAUAAUAAUAGUGGUAGUCUGUCAAGAUAUGAUUCACAUUCUGUUUCAAACUCCGGGUCAGAUGAAUUGACCACCACAUCUCAUGUCUUUAGAUUGAUUGAAGACCUUCACAGUCAAUCAGUUGAAACACAGACUACUGCUGCUGAAGAAUUGAGGCUCCUUACAAAGCAUAACCAGGAAAACCGUGUCAUUGUAGGGCAGUGUGGGGCUUCCAUGCCUUUGCUUUCAUUGCUACAUUCAGACGUGAAGGUAACACAAGAGCAUGCUGUGACAGCUCUACUGAACUUGUCAAUUAAUGAAGAGAACAAGACUUUCAUCAUGGAAGCAGGAGCCAUAGAACCUCUCAUCCAUGUUUUGAAGACAGGAAAUGAUAGUGCCAAGGCGAAUUCUGCGGCAACUCUAUUCAGCCUCUCAGUACUUGAGAACAAUAAGGCAAGAAUUGGCCGUUCAAGAGCUGUUAAAGCUUUGGUUGAUCUUCUUGCCUCAGGAACUCUUAGAGGAAAGAAGGAUGCUGCUACUGCUUUAUUUAACCUUUCAAUAUUUCAUGAGAAUAAAGCUCGUAUAGUUCAAGCUGGAGCAGUGAAAUUUCUGGUUCGGUUAUUGGACGAAGCUAGUGGAAUGGUUGACAAGUCUGUUGCUCUUCUGUCAAACCUGUCAACCAUUCCAGAGGGCCGAUUAGAAAUUGCAAGGGAAAGGGGUAUCCCCUUACUUGUUGAAGUUGUUGAGUCAGGUUCUCAGAGGGGAAAGGAAAAUGCUGCCUCCAUUCUCUUGCAAUUGUGCCUUCAUAGUACUAAGUUCUGUAAUCUAGUUUUGCAAGAAGGAGCUGUCCCUCCCCUAGUUGCAUUAUCAGUAUCUGGUACACCAAGAGCAAAGGAAAAGGCACAACAGCUUCUCAGCCAUUUUCGCAAUCAGCGGGAAACAGCUGCUUCUGGGAAGGGAAAAUCAUGAACAUUGCAAAUUUGGUUACCCUAUUGCCCCUUUUUCUUGCCUAAGUAACAUGUGAUAGCUGCUGUCUUGGCCUAUAGGACUUUUGUUUCAUUGCAUUCUUUUGAUUUUUACAUGUAUCAUUUGCAAAGCUGUGUUCUUGUCAUAUUUCAGUGGCAUGUCAUUGCUUUUUCUCAGGUUCAAAAAAUAGGAUUGGGACACCAUUUCCUGGUUGCUCAUUUCUUCCCCUCUUCUGGGGUAUUAGUAUUUUCCAAGUUUUGUUUUGUAUGGACUUCUAAUUUUGUUCUUACUUUGGUAGCUGUUCUUGGGAGGAGAUAGGCUACAUUUCUGAAGCUUAAGCUUGGCAACAUGUAAACCACAAUGAUAUUCUGCUAGACCAUAACUGAUGUGGUCCCAAGUCGGUGUUGUAUAUAUUUGUACAUAUACUAUAGAUUUUUGUUAUCUACUAUAAAUCAUUGUACCUCUGAGCUUUUAUUUUUUAUAUAUUCAAUCAUGUCAACUUUGUGAUCUA